CGAGUGGAGCGGGACAAGUCAUCGGGAUAAAGAAGAUACAGGAAACAAAACCUGGAGUUAAAACGUUAAUCUAUCGAAGUUUUCACAAUGAGACCGCGAGCUCGGGUUGGUGUUUGAGGGGUUACGUCACUGAGGAGUAGCCGUUAACAGCAGGCUGUAAUUAUCUUUUGACCUUUGAGCUCACUUAAAACUGGAAGAGACAUCACUGACUGACUGAGCAGAGACGUCUCACCCGCCAUCUCCCCUCCCUCUUGAACCCAGACAGCCUCUAUGCUCAUCAACCUGACAGUGGCCAUCAAGGAAUCUCGUGCCUUUCAUGGAACACAGCCUGCCCCUCUCGCCGUCGCCCCUGACACUGUUGAAGUGACAGCCAUGGAGUCGCGUCCGUUGCUGGUCGCCCCUCCGCCGCCUCCCCUAGCACCUCCACCACCACCUCCUCCCCCUCCUCCUCCGCCCCCGCCUCCACCUGUGUCCUCCUCACCCUUUAGCCGGGCGGACAGUGCCCGUCGGAGCCGACUUAGGAAGCUAAACUGGGAGCGCAUCCCCAAAGAGAAGGUGGAGGGGAGGAAGAGCGUGUGGAGCGGGGCGGGCCCGGGCGAGGAUGAGUUCCCCAUUGACCUCCAUUCUCUGGAUGAGCUGUUUGGUCAGAAGGACAGUAAGCCUCAGGACAGAACCAGCACCCUGAGACGGCGGUCUGCUCUGCUGCGCUGCAGGUCCCCCCAGGACAGCUCAGAAGAGAUCUCCUUGUUGGACUCCAAACGCAGUAUGAACAUUGGGAUAUUUCUACGCCAGUUCAAGAUGCCUGCUAAGGAGAUAGUUGAGGAUAUCAGGCAUGGUGCUGGGGACCGUUACGGAGCAGAGAAGCUCACAGAGCUCUGCAAAUUGCUGCCUGACAGUGAGGAGGAGUCCCGCCUGAGGAGGUUCAGUGGGGAGCGGAGCUUGCUUGGAGAGCCGGAUCUUUUCCUGCUGCUGUUAGUGGAAGUCCCCAGCUUUCGGCUUCGUCUGGAUGCCAUGAUCCUACAACAAGAGUUUGACCCUGCUGUGACCUCUCUGUGUGUGGCGGCCAGAUGUCUGAGGGAGGCGGCCAGAGAACUGCUGAGCUGUCCUGAAUUACACUGCAUCCUGCGUUUGGUGCUGAAAGCAGGGAACUACAUGAACGCCGGUGGAUAUGCAGGGAAUGCCGCUGGUUUCCGAAUUUCAUCGCUGCUCAAAUUGGCUGACACCAAAGCCAACAAGCCCGGCAUGAAUCUACUGCAUUUUGUAGCUAUGGAAGCUGUGAAAAAGGACCAGAGUUUACUGUCAUUUCCCAGCCAAAUAGGCCAUGUUGGCUCCGCCUCCAGGCUGAGUGAAGAGUCUGUGCUGGAGGACUUAUCCAAGUUAAAAAGCAGAGUGGUGGCCCUCAAGGCAAACAUCCAGACUGAAGCAGAGAUUCAGCAACAGACACAACCUUUCCUAGAGGUGGCCGAGGAGCGUCUGAAGGAGGCAGAGGAUGAAGUGGAAGGCAUGAGGAUGUCCAGUCAGGCUCUGAUGGAGUUCUUUUGUGAAGAUGACAGCACAUUCAAACUAGAGGAGGCUUGCAGAGUCUUCCAUUCGUUUUGCCACCGCUUCCAAAAAGCUGUUCAGGAGAAUGCAGAGCGGGAAUUGAAAGAGCAGAGGCGUCUGGAGCGUCAGCGUGAGAUCGGGGAAAAGCGUCGCUCUUUGGCUGUUUGCACAGGGCUGGACCUCGGCCUCAGCCUUGCCAGAGAGCCUCAGAGUCAGGAGAACCAAGACGAGCUGGAGAAACUCCUGGAGAAGAACUUGAGCUACACUUGGAGUCGGCGAAGCCUAAGAAGCUCAGAGUCCCGCAGACACUCCCAUCACCCUCACAAUGACUCCCAUCACCAGAACCCACCCGGACUCAAGAGCUUCCCUGAGCUUGGCAGCAGCCCCACGUCCACCAGUUAUCACUCCAACAGCUCCUCUGACCACGAGACCACUGCUGGGCUUUGUAGCUCCCCAGAGACAGACGGCACAUGUUCCCCCAUUGACCAAGAACCUGUUCUAGGUAGAGGGAGCAGGUCUAAGCACAGCCAAGCAACUACCCACAUGGUGGCAGUUCAGGAUUCGCACAUUGCUACAUUUAGUCACUCUCAGCAAAGACGUGGUUACACAGUCAAGCAGCACGGGACUGAGAGUAUUUCUUACAUGUUACAAGACCUAUCAAAGACAACAGGACUUGGAAAAGAAGCUGAGAUUUCACAUGAACAAGUGGUUUUGAUGACCACUGAGUCUUCACCAAAUUCCUGCACAAACUCUGCUGCUAUACCCACCACGGAUAAACCUGCCCUUUGUGUUAAAAGCCAGAUCCCCACUCACAGACACAGGUUUGGCCUGCUGGUCACAGACAGCAUUCAGCCUGUUCAGAGUAAAUCUAAUAACUCUUGUGUUGACGAGUCUGUACCUCACUCUCUUCAUACGAGCGGAAUACUUUCUCACAGUGUGACCAGGACUGGAUCGUUAAGGUACCAGAGAUCUGAGAGCCAAUCACCCGUAAAAACUCAAGAGCGGGUCCAGUCACAACCAGAGACACCAACUAUAACAAGUGCUGUGAUGCCUUUACCUGAUGCAGGUUUAACAAAGCACACUAAUACAGAAGUGGCGUCCACACCUGCGGAGGAGGACUGGAUGCCCUCCAGUCUACCAGAGUUCAGCCAAUCACAGCCAGAGGAGUACUCCGACUUGCCAAGUCCUGAGAGGGACACGGCAAGGCCUUUCUCGCGUGUGGGUGAAACAUUAGAGUGCCAUACUUUGGUGAAAGGCCUUCGAUCCUAUGAUGCCUUGUCACCCCCAACUUCCCCACUCCCACGACCUGCGCCGAGCCUCUGCUCCAAGUGGAGGAAAGAGAGGGAGGGUGACGUCCGAGCGGGGACAACUCCAGGGUCUCCUACAUCAAAGGAGGAGACUCGAACCAUGAAGAUCCCCGUGCGUAGUGGGAUAGGGGCCAAAAGGGGACUUGUGUCGCGUGCAGGACCUUCCAAUAGCACGGGUAUUCCCAGGGUGCGCUCCAAAACUGAGCCUUCAAAUGGAGCCCCAGCUCCUGCUAACCCAACUACUCCCAGCCGGCUGUCUAGUCCUCGCAGUGUAUCCAUGCGCUCGUCUCCUGUCGCACGACCUGCUGCUGUUCAGACAGAGGUGAAACGCAGUAAUAGCACACGGGAGAGGACUGUAAGUGAGACUCCGGGCAAGCCAACCUUAACCCGCAGGACCUCAGACAGAUCUGUACCAGAGAAGGUCUCAGGCAUCACCCAGCCAGCCUUCAUCAGAGGAAGUCCUCUCCGUGUGUCAAAACGACUCGCCCCAAACUCUGAGACUCAGGCACCGUCCCAGCCUCGCACCGCCCACAGCCCGUCAUCCGCCACAGCCAAGACCAUACGAACAGCUGUUAUAUCCGCUGCCCGAAAUAAAACUGCCAAGACAACAAGCACAAUCUCCUCUCCUGCGGGCUCUAAAAUUCCCACAGCUUCACGGAUACCUGGUCCCAAAAUGCCUCGAGCUACUGCCGCUCCGCCACUGUGGAGGUGAUUUUAGUGAAUGUGUGCAGUUUUUUCAAAUUUUUCAUUUCAGUCCAAUAUAACAGUGUGAGUGGUGAGUGUGAGUCAGAUUUCUGGUCUUAAUCAGCUCUAGGUCGUCUUAAUUCAACUUUUAUGAAAUAUGCAUGUAGUUCUGAGUGUUUAGGUUCCAUACAUGUAAGCGAGAGCUGCACUGGGAGCUUUAUGUCAUGUGCUUCACCAGAUAGCAGAAUAAAUCCUACCUCUUUUUACACCCUCCUGUGUCCUUUGCAGGCAGUAGGACACCACAAGACCACCCACCCUCGAGUAACUAUUCAUGUUUAGAGCAGUAGCAAAACCGUAAAACACAACCAAGUGACAUGGUGAUUUGGGGAAACUGAUUUAAUCUCUUUUGCAUGGAAAGAAAGUAGAUUUGUCCAAAUGUUUUGAAUGCUGUGACCCCACCGCUAAGCGAUCAUUGUGUUCUCACAGUUGGCCGAACUGAACUCGGUACAAUAUGAACUGUUUAUCCUCUUGUUGAGAGGCCUCAUUGUUAUGAUGCACUUUACAAACUGAAGAAGAGGCCGCAUGAAGAUGAUUGCUGUAAUUUUUGCCUUUUUUUAUUUCGUAUCAAAAGAUUCUAUAACUUUAUUGAAUAGCAUUGGUUGUUAUUCGCUGUAUUAUUUGGAUUUAUAAAAAAGAGAAAAUGAAUAAAGAUGUU